AAUCUAUAGAAUUAGAAAAGGAUAAUAUUGAUUAUCUUCGACCAAUGAUGGAACAACUUACUAAAAAUUAUAAUGUAGAAUUACGAGAUGGAUUUUAUAUUACAAAUAUUGUUACUGGAGAAUGUCCACUAUGCUUAGAUUAUAUUUGGAAUAGCUCAUUUCGUGAUAUUUGCAAACAUUGUCAUGCAGCAAGAAUUUUUUCGAUGGCACAAAUGAAUAAUUCAAAUAUAGUACAAGAAACAAAAGAAAAAUUUGUUAGUUACUUUAAAAAUAAAGAAAGAAUAGUACCUCCCGAUCAAAAAAAUAAUACAAUUUAUCUUGGAUCCAUAGAUGAAGCAUAUAAUGAAAUAAUUCGUCUUUUUAACAUUGAAGGAACAAAAAUUUUUAAUUCUUCAGCAAAGCAAAUAAAUGUUUGUACAAAUCCUUUUCGUCCAUUGGAGUUAAAUCACCAUCAUUCUACAAGAACAGGAUCAUCAGCAAAGCCACGAAAACCUAGUCGUAUAUUGCGUUAUAAUAUAAAUAAUAAUAAUCCCGAAAUUCUUUCAAAAAAAUCAAAGAAAAACUCUAUUAUGACUUUACAAAAUAUUGAUUCACAACAAUCUAGAACAGUAGAUUUAUCCUUUAUUACUCAACAAACUAAUAAUAAUUUUUCUGAACUAGAUAUUGUUGAUUCCGAAUUUACAAUCAAAGAACUUAAACAAAUCAAUAAUAAUUCUUUUGAAUUAACCCAAUCCACAACCCAGGAACCUGAACAAGCUAAUAAUAAUUCUUUUGAAUUAUCUCAAGCCAAUAACAAUUUUGAAUUUUUUAUUUCUUCUAAAUUAUCUCAAGCCAAUAACAAUUUUGGAUCUAUUAUUUCUUCUGAAUUACAAUUUGAACAAGUUAAUAACAAUUUUUCUGAAUCAACUAUUAUUUCUUCUGAAUUACAAUUUACAAACCAAGAAUCUAAUGAAUUAGAAUUUGCUCGCAAAUUACAUUCUGCACGCCAAUAUGUUUUAAAUAUUAUUAAUAAUUAA